GAAAUAGGCCAGGCUCUCGGGGAGCGGGAGCUUUGACCUUUCCCUAGCCUUCGGGAUUUUCCCCUUGUCCCUGGGCCAGCCAGCAAAUUAAUUAAUCCCACCUUCAGCCUUCCCAGAGGCCCCACCCACUGGGCUCAUUCAAGGCAGGAGAAGAAUGUGUCACUCUAUCCCCAGAGCCCAGCCCCGCUGCCGGGAAGGGGAGCUGACGCAAGACUCCAGGAGGCCUGAGGCCUGGAGCACCUCUCCUCCAGGGUCAGACGGAGACCAGGCUGAUCUCAGCAGACACCGACAGGCCCCAGGGCAGCUCCAGGAGCCCAGAUUCCAGCGGCCGGAGAGAAGGCCUGGGAGCUGCCUGCAGCCAUGUCAGCCCUCGGCCUGGUCAUCCUGGGCCUGCUCACGGCAGUGCCACCCGCCAGCGGUCAGCAAGGCCUGGGGAACCUGCAGCCCUGGAUGCAGGGCCUUAUCGCCGUGGCUGUGUUCCUGGUCCUCGUUGCAAUCGCCUUUGCCGUCAACCACUUCUGGUGCCAGGAAGAACAGGAGCCUGUGAACAUGGUCAUGACCGUCGGAAACAAAGCAGAUGGGAUCCUGGUAGGAACGGACGGCAAGUACUCCUCGAUUGAGGCCAGUUUCAGGUCCAGUGAGCAUGAGAAUGCCUAUGAGAACAACCUGGAGGAGGAGGGCAAGGUCCGCAGCACCCCAAUGUGACCCCUGCUUCCUUGUGCCCGAUGUCCAGGCCCCUCCUUCUCUGUACAGGAAUCUGCAGUAAGGGGCUGACUCCUCCAGCUCCCACACCUGCCCCACCCUCCAGCCAAGCUCGGAGCUCAGACUAUGUCCAGGUUGGGGCUCAGCCGUGGCUUUGGGGUCCUAGGGGGCCUCCCACUCAAUUCAGUUCAGAAGACCCUUCUGAAAAGGACAAUCAACUCGGCACCUCCUAUCCUGCCUCACAUCUCCCUCCCUCCAACCGUGGAAAUGGCUCUCAUUUCUGUGAAAUAAAGACGUUUUGUACUUCUGUG